AUGAAAGAUCUCGCUUCUUUGGUCCCGCCGCAGGCGGCACCAUCGUGGAAUUUCAGUGCACAAGAUGUUAUUAGUCUUAGCCAUCAAUUGAUCAACCAAACCGAGGCGGUUUACCACAACGUGUUACAAGAAAAGCCACCAACAAUUGACAAUUAUAUCAUGCCUCUAAUAUACCAUGAGGAGGAAACAGACCUGCUAUGGAACCAGUUGGUGUUUCUCCGCAAUGUUUCGCCCGAUCCGGAGAUUCGUGAAGCGUCGAAGAACGCAACAUCCAUGCUGGACGACUGGAUUAUUGGCCUUACGUCAAAGUAUGACUUGUAUCAGCACUUUGACGAGGUGUGGGCACAAUAUAAGGAUGAUGAGAAGUUCAAGAAGGAGAACUUUGAGCUAUAUCGGUAUAUGGAGAAGGAUGCGGAUGGCUACAGACGUUCUGGUAUGAAAGUGCCAGUUGAGAACAGGAAAAGGCUUGACGAAGUCAAAUCUAAGAUUGCCGCAGCCGAAUUAGAGUUUUCGUCAAACCUGGGAGAAGAGGUGGAGUAUAUCGCAUUCACUAAGGAGGAGCUAGAGGGUGUCCCGGACACUGUCUUGAACCAAUUUGAAAAGAUUAUCGAAGGCGGUGUCGAAAAGUUCAAAGUUACUUUUAAGUAUCCAGACAUUGGGCCGGUAUUACGCCUGGCCAGCAACCCUGAGACAAGGAGACGCGCUUCUAUGGCUGACGAGAAUAGGGUAGCUGCGAAUGAACCGCUCCUUUUCGAGACGCUAGAAUUGCGACGCGAGCUAGCCGAUCUACUUGGAUUCAAGAAUUUUGCAGCAUACAAUCUUGACGACAAGAUGGCGAAAAAUGAAGAGACUGUCUUGAAAUUUCUCAAUGAUUUGGUAGAGAAGCUGCUGCCCGUGGGGAAGAACGAUCUCGAAAUAUUGAAGAAGAAGAAGGCGGAAGAUUACAAAAGCAAGAACCUUACUUUUGAUGGCGAAUUCUAUUCCUGGGAUACUGGAUAUUACACCAACAAGAUAUUGAGGGAGCGCUACAAUGUCAACCCUGAUGACCUUGCGCAAUAUUUCCCCGUUGAAAGUGCAAUUGAAGGAAUGCUAAACAUAUAUACAACGCUCUUUCGCCUGAAGUUUGUAGAAAUAACGGACGAAUGCGAAAAGAGUGUAUGGCACGAGGAUGUCAAACAGUUUGCAGUUUGGAACAUUGAUGAUGAGGACAAUCCAAAGUUCCAAGGCUGGCUAUAUUUUGAUCUGCAUCCUCGUGAUGGAAAAUACGGCCAUGCAGCUAAUUUUGGAAUGGUUUCUGCAUACCGUAAGAGAGAUGGCUCCAAAUCAUACCCAGUUACUAUCCUUGUGACUAACUUUUCAAAGCCGACACCUACCAGACCUGCUCUUCUGAAGUUGGGAGAACUCACAACGUUCUUUCAUGAGUUAGGCCACGGCAUACACGAUUUGGUGGGUUCCAAUGACUUGGAGUCGCUCAACGGGCCUGGGUCUGUCCCAUGGGAUUUCGUCGAGGCGCCCUCUCAGAUGCUGGAAUACUGGACGGCACGGCGUGACGUUUUAACUAUGUUAUCCAAGCACUACGAGACAGGUGAGAAAAUCCCGAAGUCGCUGCUGGAUGCCUGGUUUAGUGUUGGCGGCCUCAAUUCAGGAUUGGCCAACUUGGGCCAACUGAAACUUGGCUUGUUCGACAUGUAUGUGCACACCCGCGAUUACAAAGGAGCGGAGGUACGGAAAUUAUGGAAUGAUCUCACCAGAGAGAUCGGGCUCAUGAACUUAAAAAACUACACUAGCACCGGCUAUGACUCCUUUGGACAUAUUAUGGCUGGAUAUGCUGCUGGCUACUAUGGCUACCUUUGGUCCCAGGUUUUUGCUGCAGAUAUGUACGACACAAAGUUCAAGCCCAACCCAUUCAAUGCUACGGUGGGUGUGGAAUACAGGGACACUAUUUUAGCUACCGGUGGACUUUACGAUAUGACAGAUAAUUUGAGGAAAUUCUUGGGGCGGGAUCCCAACAAUAAGGCAUUCCUCCGCGGACUUGGUCUGAAAGCUAGGUAG